AUGGCCUCCAACUUUAAUGACAUUGUCAAGCAAGGCUACGUCCGAAUGCGAAGCAGGAAGCUGGGGAUCUAUCGACGCUGCUGGCUGGUGUUUAAAAAGUCCUCAAGCAAAGGGCCCCGACGUCUGGAAAAGUACCCUGAUGAGAAGUCAGCCUACAUCAGAGCCUGCCCAAAGGUGACAGAAAUCAGUAAUGUAAAAAAUGUGACAAGACUACCACGGGACACCAAGCGCCAAGCUGUGGCUAUUGUAUUCACAGAUGAUACCUCCCGCACAUUUACCUGUGAAUCAGAGCUUGAGGCUGAGGAGUGGUUUAAGACUUUAUCCAUUGAGUGUCUGGGCACCCGGCUGAAUGACAUCAGUUUGGGUGAACCUGACCUUCUGGCAGCUGGAGUUCAGUGCGAGCACACAGAACGUUUUAACGUGUUUUUGCUGCCCUGUCCUAACCUGGACAUCUACGGCGAGUGCAUGAUGCAGAUCACACAUGAAAACAUUUACCUGUGGGAUAUACACAAUCCCCGCACAAAACUGGUCACGUGGCCCCUCUGCUCAUUGCGACGAUAUGGUCGUGAUGCCACCCGCUUCACCUUUGAGGCUGGCAGAAUGUGUGACAGCGGUGAGGGUCUAUACACUUUCCAGACGCGAGAAGGGGAGCAGAUCUAUCAAAGGGUCCACUCUUCCACACUGUCAAUUGCUGAACAGCACAAGAAAGUCCUCAUGGAGAUGGAGAAGAACAGCAGGCUCUUAUCCAAAGGCUCAGAAGCAAGCUCCUACCCCUGUAUCCCCACAGCUAUCUUGCCACGAAGUGCCUUCUGGCACCACAUUACAGGAACGCAAGAGGGAAUAGACUCCAGUAUUGGCGACAUGUUCACUGCUUCUCAGCCAGGAGCAGAAUCAGAACUUUUCUCCACACACCAUUCCUCAGAACACCAUUCCACACUUCCGAUGAGCCACAGCCGCAAACAUCCUACACACUUCUCCACUUAGCCGAAUCACCUAGGGGCUUUAUGAACAAAGUUAUCACAAGACUGUCCUCUGCCCCAACCACGCCCAAGUGUAACUGGAAGCACAUCCUGAGAGGAAAAGGACUGUGAUGUGUGGAAUA